AUGCAGCGAUUCCUGCAGCUCCCGGGGGCCGUGGUGAGGCCGGGGGGCCGGGGGGCCUGCGGAGCUGACCAGGAGGCUGCCAGCCCUGUGCUGGGCCCCGAAGGCGGCCCCCCACCCUGGUACCAGGCCUUGCAGCCUGAGGAGCUUCGGUGGCUGCAGGCCCCGGAGGAAGACACGGCCCCAGAAGCGCCUCUGGAAGGGUCUUGCCCGGAGCCUGGCCGGAGCGAGAGCCAGAGCCAGAGCCAGAGCCAGAGCCAGCCGCUAAGGCAUGAUGACCUGAAGGAGAUGUUGGACACCAACAAAGACUCCCUCAAGCUGGAGGCCAUGAAGACGAUCGUGGCUGGUAUGUUUGAGCCCUACCUGAAGAGCUUCUACAUCAGAUCCACCGACCCCACCCAGAUCAAGAUCCUGAAGCUGGAAGUGUUGACCAACCUGGCCAAUGAGACCAACACCCCUACUGUCCUACGGGAGUUCCAGACGUACAUUCGCAGCAUGGACAAGGACUUUGUAGCAGCCACUAUCCAGGCCAUUGGACGCUGUGCAACCAACAUCGGCCGAGUCCGUGACACCUGUCUCAACGGCCUGGUGCAGCUGCUGUCCAACCGCGACGAGCUGGUGGUCGCAGAGUCGGUGGUUGUCAUUAAGAAGCUGCUGCAGAUGCAGCCCGCGCAGCACGGAGAGAUCAUCAAGCACCUGGCAAAGCUCACGGACAACAUCCAGGUGCCCAUGGCCCGGGCCAGCAUCCUGUGGCUCAUCGGCGAGUACUGCGAGCACGUCCCCAAGAUCGCGCCUGACGUCCUGAGAAAGAUGGCCAAGUCCUUCACGGCAGAGGAGGACAUCGUCAAGCUGCAGAUCAUCAACCUGGCAGCCAAGCUCUACCUGACUAACUCUAAGCAGACCAAGCUGCUGACCCAGUAUGUGCUGAGUCUGGCCAAGUACGACCAGAACUAUGACAUGACCCGGCAGCGCUUCACCCGGCAGCUGAUCGUCCCCUCGGAGCAGGGUGGGGCCCUCAGCCGCCAUGCCAAGAAGCUCUUCCUGGCACCCAAACCAGCCCCAGUGUUGGAGUCAUCCUUCAAAGACCGGGACCACUUCCAGCUGGGCUCGCUGUCCCACCUGCUCAAUGCCAAGGCCACAGGCUACCAGGAGCUCCCAGACUGGCCAGAGGAGGCUCCAGACCCAUCUGUGCGGAACGUGGAGGAAGAAGAUCUGUCCCUUAUCGAGACCCACGUGGGCCUGUUGGGCGAAUACACGGAGGUACCAGAAUGGACCAAGUGCUCCAAUCGAGAGAAGAGGAAGGAGAAGGAGAAACCCUUCUAUUCUGACUCAGAGGGGGAGUCAGGCCCCACAGAGUCUGCAGACAGCGACCCCGAGUCCGAGAGUGCCUCGGACAGUAAGGGCAGCAGUGAGAGCGGCUCUGGGGAGUCCAGCAGUGAGUCUGAUAGUGAAGACCAGGAGGAAGAGAAGGGGAGGAGCAGUGAGAGUGAACAGAGUGAGGAGGAAGGUGAGAAGAGGAAGAUGAAGAAAAGGAAGAAGGUGCCCGAGGGACAGGGAGAAGGUUCAUCCUCAGAGGAGGACAGCGAUUCCAGCAGUGGCUCAUCAGAAUCUGAGAGAACAUCAGAGACGGAGGAGGAGCAGGUGGAACCUGCCUCUUGGAGGAAAAAAACACCUCCCAGUGGCAAAAGCGCCCCGGUAGCCAAGGAGAUCUCCCUGCUUGACCUAGAGGAUUUCACCCCUCCCAGUGUCCAGCCUGUGUCUCCCCCCACGAUCGUGUCCACCAGUCUGGCUACUGACCUGGAGGGCCUGACGCUCACAGACUCCCCGCUGGUGCCCUCACUGCUGAGUCCAGUGGUAGGUGUUGGGAGGCAGGAGCUGCUGCACCGUGUAGCCGGUGAGGGGCUGGCCGUGGACUACACCUUCAGUCGCCAGCCUUUCUCUGGGGACCCCCACAUGGUAUCUGUGCACAUCCACUUCUCCAACAGCUCUGAUACCCCCAUCAAGGGCCUGCACGUGGGCACCCCCAAACUGCCCGCCGGCAUCAGCAUCCAGGAGUUCCCUGAAAUCGAGUCACUGGCACCCGGAGAAUCUGUCACUGCUGUAAUGGGCAUUAAUUUCUGUGACUCAACCCAGGCAGCCAACUUCCAGCUGUGUACCCAAACCCGGCAGUUCUACGUCUCCAUUCAGCCACCCGUUGGGGAGCUGAUGGCCCCCGUGUUCAUGAGCGAGAAUGAGUUCAAGAAGGAACAGGGAAAGCUGACAGGCAUGAGCGAGAUCACAGAGAAGCUCACACUGCCAGACACCUGUCGGAAUGACCACAUCGUGGUGCAGAGAGUGACUGCCGUUGCCAACCUGGGUCGUGUCCCUUGUGGGGCCUCUGAUGAGUACAGAUUUGCGGGGAGGACGCUGACCAGUGGGAGCCUGGUCCUGCUGACCCUGGACGCCCGGCCCACUGGAGCUGCCCAGCUGACCGUCAACAGCGAGAAGAUGGUGAUCGGCACCAUGCUGGUGAAGGACGUGGUGCAGGCUCUGACCCAGUGA